ACCAUACCACCGAAUGAUUGUCGGCGCCACAGCAACAAGAAAGCCAAUGGUAGCAAUAAUGUUUGCGUUUUAGCUCUAGGUGUGUAGCGCAAAUAGGACUUGAGUAAGAAACGGUGUCACGACAUCGCUACUGAGCAGUUGUGUGACUUUGAAGACGCAACUUCGACCCGAGGAACCAUUCGCCUGUUUGCCUUGUUUUUAUUUCCGGGGUACACUUUUGACUGACGGACGCUCCUGAGGCAGAGCUGUGCCUUGACGCCAUUCUCUUGUUGGAGGUGUUUGAAUUCCUUUUGUCCUCAUCCAAAUGGUUCCUUCCAGCGUCUUCUUGUAAAAGGUCAACUCAACAGCAAUGUCUAUAUUUAUUGGGCACCGCUGAUGUGCUUAAACAUUCCAGCCAUGACGGACUUUUCCCGGUUGUUUGAUGAGCUUGAGCUGGAUGAUGAUGAGCGGCCCUUCUCCUCCGCCUCACUCCCACCCGUCGCCGCGCUCCUACCUGAGCUGCAUCGGCGUUUGCUCAGCCGACCCCCGGACCCAAGUCUGUCCAUCCACGGAAUGGGCCGGCUCCUCCGGGCGGCCGAUCCCCUUUGGCUGCUGGGCCCGGCCGGCGGAGCGCAGGCGCCGUACGUCUCUGUUGUCUGCGCUCUGAUCAGCCGCGCCGCACCGCCGCCCGAUGACGUCCCCGCGCCGCAUCCCUACGCGUCCAAUGUGGCCGCCGUGGCUGUUGCCCUGCAAGCGUUGCUGGCAAAACUGCAAGCGGCGGGGCCUGACCGGCGCGUCCGGACCCUGACGCUAGCCCUGGCCCCGCACGUGUGUGUGUUUGCUGCCCCGCACAUGGAGGAGCGAGCGUGGACCAGCCGUGCUUCCAGAGAGGCGUGUGGCCGUCUGGAAUCGCAAUUGUUGGCAGCGGGAGGUUGGCGAGACUCCGCCCACAUGCUGACAGGGGGCGGGCCUGACGGCGAGGCCGGCAUCCUGCCGGCGGUCCUGGAUGUGGUGCGGCCAGCGCUCGAAAGGGAAGCGCGGCGGCAGCGCGACCGGGUCGAUGAGGUGGACUCGGCGUUAGCGUGGACGCUCCUGCGGGUGCCCCGCCCCUUCCUGGCACCUGUGCUGCCCCGCCUCCUGGGCCCCGCCCUCCUCCUCAGCGACCACCAAGGCGGCGACAAGUGCAUGCUGGGAAUUCACUGCCUGCACCAUAUUAUCAGCAACACGGCUGCCAGCGAGCUGCGCGCGUUGAACCGGGCGGACGUCGUGUACGAGGCGCUGUUCCGACAUCUGCACGCCACCGACGCUGACGUCAUGCAGCUGCUCCUGCCUUGCCUGUUGGACCUGCUGGCCGUUUUGGAGAGUCCCCCUUCAGCAGCCCCCCGCGCGGCGGCCCCUCGCCACCACCGCGUGCUGCGCCUGCUGCUCACGCGCAUGGAGGCCGAGCACAAAGUGGCGCUCAGGAGAGUCUACGCGCAAGCGCUGCCGGCCUACCUGCACAGGAUGGGUGCGAGUGCGUGUCGCCACUUUGCCCGUCUGAGUCGCGUGGUGCCAGCCUACCUGGAGGUCAGCGACGGCCUGGAAGAGCUCAGCCGACUGUACGCCCUGGAAGCCCUCUGGCAAAUCCUCACAGCGGCGUGGCCACGUUGCGGCUCAGCGCGCGCCAUCGGCAUGUGGCUCCCGUGUUUGCUGCGUCUGCUGGUGGACGCCGAGUGGCCCUCGCCCCGCCUCCGCCCCGACAUCUGCCGCCGGCUCGGCCGCCGGGCCGCCCGAUGCGUGGUCCUGCUGAAUGCCGCCGCCCGUGGAAGCCUGCAGUGCCCGCUGGAGCAGGUGGACGCCGGCUGUUGUGCUCCCGAGGUGGCGAGUCUCCUAGCGACGGUAACCGCGGCGAGCGGCAAGAGCCCAUCCCGUUGCCCCGUCUGCUCCGACGGUGCCCGGACCCGAGCGGAAGCGGUGGCAUUUCGGUGCGCGUGCCCGAGCGCCACACCCGAGUGAGGCCUUCUCCCGACAAGCCCGGCCGCUCGGACUUUGACCUCCUCUGGCGCUGGCCGGCUCUUGACCUCCGCCGACGCGAGCUCGUCGAUUGAAAUUCGAUAAACCAAGGAUAGAGUAUUUUUUUUCAUUCUCCAUUGUUUUCACCCAUUCCAUUUUUCCGAGCAUUCAGGUGCUACUAUCACUCUCAAAUUGUAUAGUAAGGCUAUUUUCAAUAAUAAAAAAAAAAAAACAC